UUGUCUACUCCCUCACUCACUUGGGUUGGUGAGCGUAUCCAGCAGGAUGUCUUACUACGAGCAGCGCAAGCAGCCCUGCCUGCCCCCUCCCAUCUGCCUGCAGAAAUGCGGCCAGUGCGUGGAGUCCUGCAGCAACAUCUGCGUGAAGCCGUGCACAACUCAAUGCGUGGAGGUCUGCCAGAACCCCUGUGCCUCUGAGUGCACCACGUGCUGCACCACUCAGUGCGUGGAGCCUUGCAGCACCCAAUGCGUCACCCAGUGUGUGGAGCCUUGCAGCACCCAGUGUGUCACCCAGUGUGUGGAGCCUUGCAGCACCCAGUGCACCACUCAGUGCGUGGAGCCUUGCAGCACCCAGUGUGUCACCCAGUGCGUAGAGCCUUGCAGCACCCAGUGCACCACUCAGUGCGUAGAGCCUUGCAGCACCCAGUGCACCACUCAGUGUGUGGAUGUCUGUGCCCCUACAUGCAUUGAUGCCUGCAUCAAGCCCUGUGCUACCCAGUGCCCAACGCAGUGCCCGGUGCCGUGCGUGGAGCAGUGCAGCACCCAGUGCAGCACCAAGUGCGUGGAGCCUUGCUCAGCAUCAUGCGUGGAGGUGUGCACCAAGAAGUGUGUGGAUAAAUGUGAGACCGUGUGCCUGGAGCCAUGUGGCACCGUCUGCACUCGUCCAUGCUAAUUGCCUUCAUCGCAUGGGCCUUGCAGGCAGCCUUUGGUGCAUGGCAAUAUCUGCAGGCUCGUGAGCACCCAGGGAAUGAAAUAUAGACAACAGACCUACCUGCAACGUAUCAAAACCUCCCUUGACAUGGUUAAUGCAUGCUCUCUUUGACU